CGGGUCUGCGCACAGGUGUGGGCGCCCUCUAGAGGCCAAACCGAGGGCGGGCGCGCCAAGUAGCGACCGCAGCCCCUUCCGAAUGUGUGUCUCCGUCUGUCUCCCUGGGAAGUCAGAUCGAGGCUGGCGUUCCAUUGAAACCCUGCGCUGCCUUCGAUCCCAUUCAUGCUGGGCAGCAGCGGCGGCGGCGGGGGCAACCGGCGAGCGCGGAAGGCAGGGAGCCCCGAGAUCCGGCGAGGGCUCUCGUCCGUGUGGAAUGUAAUGAUGGCAGGCAGAGCCGAAGCAAGCUCCGAUCCAGGCUGGUUGAGGAGGAUGCCUGUAUUCAUCAUGUCGUGAAUGUGGUGGAAGACAAGGAGACAUUAGAUCACCGAAACCCACCUUUACUGCCACUUCCUUUGGUUUGCUUUUAUUUAUUUUGUGGUUAGGUUAAUGCACAGUCUUUGCUGGACAUAACUCUUCUGCCAUGUGGCUCCUGAGGCUAAAGCACCAUCUGUCAGUCAACAUCUGGACCCUGCUGCUUCUGGGAAGUGCUUGGCUGCCACUGAUAGAAAGUACUCCGAAGUCCUCCUCUCCCUUUAGGACUUUCCAGGUCACGGACUGGAGUUUGACGCACUUGGUCGUCCAUAACAAAACUGGGGAAGUAUAUGUGGGUGCUGUCAACAGGAUCUAUAAGCUUGCUAACAAUCUCACAUUGAUGCGCACUCAUGUGACAGGACCAGUGGAUGACAAUGAGAAGUGCUACCCACCUCCUAGUGUGCAGUCUUGUCCACAUGGCCUGGUCAGCACCAACAACGUCAACAAGUUGCUGCUGGUGGAUUAUUCUGGAAACCGGCUGAUAGCCUGUGGCAGUGCUUCUCAGGGCAUCUGCCAGUUCUUGCGUUUGGAUGACCUCUUCAAGCUGGGUGAGCCCCAUCACCGCAAGGAGCACUACCUCUCCAGCGUCAAUGAGUCAGGAACGAUGUCGGGUGUCAUCAUUGAAGUGCAGAAUGGGCAAAACAAGCUCUUCAUUGGAACACCCAUCGAUGGCAAGUCUGAGUACUUCCCUACCCUUUCCAGCCGCAAGCUGAUGGACAGUGAAGAAAAUGCAGAGAUGUUUGGCUUUGUCUACCAGGACGAGUUUGUCUCCUCUCAGCUCAAAAUACCAUCCGACACCCUCUCUAAAUUCCCCACGUUUGAUAUCUACUACAUCUAUAGCUUCAGCAGUGAGCAGUUUGUCUACUACCUUACUUUGCAACUGGACACCCAGCUUACCUCACCUGACUCUACAGGGGAACAGUUUUUCACUUCCAAGGUUGUUCGGCUGUGUGUGGAUGACCCCAAGUUCUAUUCCUAUGUGGAAUUUCCUAUUGGUUGUGUUCGAGAUAACAUGGAGUACCGCCUGAUUCAGGAUGCUUACCUCAGUAAGCCUGGGAAGGCACUGGCUAGGCAACUGGGCAUUUCUGAGCACGAGGAUAUCCUAUUCACAGUCUUCUCUCAGGGCCAGAAGAACAGGGUCAAACCACCGAAGGAGUCAGUCCUUUGCCUCUUCACGCUGAAGAAGAUCAAAGACAAGAUCAAGGAGCGCAUUCAGUCUUGCUACCGUGGGGAGGGAAAGCUUUCCUUGCCUUGGCUUUUGAACAAGGAGCUGGGCUGCAUUAACUCUCCCCUACAGAUUGAUGACAAUUUCUGUGGGCAGGAUUUUAACCAGCCAUUGGGUGGAACAGUCACUAUUGAAGGCACGCCACUCUUUUUGGACAAAGAAGAUGGCAUGACAUCUGUGGCUGCUUAUGACUAUCGUGGACACACUGUGGUGUUUGCUGGCACACGCAGUGGCAAGAUAAAAAAGAUCCUGGUGGACCCUGCCAAUCCCAUUGGACGUUCAGCACUGCAGUAUGAGAAUGUUGUGGCCCAUGAAGGCAGCUCCAUCUUGAGGGACCUGGUACUUAGUCCUGAUCUCCAGUAUCUCUAUGCCAUGACUGAGAAACAGGUGACUCGUGUGCCAGUGGAGAGCUGUGAGCAGUAUACAACCUGUGCACUAUGCUUAGGUUCCAGAGACCCUCACUGUGGCUGGUGUGUCCUGCAUAAUGUCUGCUCGCGGAAGGACCGGUGUGAACGAGCAGAUGAGCUUCAGCGUUUUGCAUCAGAUCUACGACAGUGUGUUCAGCUCACCGUCCAGCCCAAGAACAUAUCGGUCACAAUGUCAGAAGUCCCGCUCGUUCUGCAGGCCUGGAAUGUCCCUGAUCUUUCUGCUGGUGUGAAUUGCUCAUUUGAGGAUUUUACAGAAUCUGAAAGUCGUAUUGAAGAUGGGAGAAUAUAUUGUAGUUCUCCAUCUGCAAGAGAUGUGAUCCCUAUUACUAGAGGGCGAGGCGAUAAGCGAGUGGUAAAGCUCUACCUCAAAUCUAAGGAAACAGGGAAGAAGUUUGCAGCCGUGGAUUUUGUCUUUUACAACUGUAGUGUUCAUCAAUCUUGUUUAUCCUGUGUAAAUGGAUCUUUCCCUUGCCACUGGUGUAAAUAUCGUCACAUUUGUACUCACAAUGCAGCUGACUGUUCCUUCCUAGAAGGACGUGUCAACAUGUCUGAGGACUGCCCCCAGAUCCUUCCAUCUACACAGAUCUAUAUCCCUGUGGGUGUGGUGAAGCCGAUCACUUUAACAGCCAAGAACUUGCCACAGCCCCAGUCUGGACAGCGCAAUUAUGAAUGCAUCUUCCACAUCCCUGGUAGUGCCACCCGCGUCACGGCUUUGCGCUUUAACAGCACCAGCAUCCAGUGCCAGAACACCUCGUAUUUCUAUGAAGGGAAUGACAUCAGUGACCUCCCAGUGAACCUUUCUGUGGUGUGGAAUGGAAAUUUCAUCAUUGAUAAUCCCCAAAACAUCCAAGCUCACCUAUACAAGUGCUCAGCUCUGCGUGAAAGCUGUGGACUCUGCCUCAAGGCAGAUCCACGCUUUGAGUGUGGCUGGUGUGUGUCAGAAAAGCGAUGUUCCCUGCGUCAACACUGCCCGGCCUUUGAGAGCAGCUGGAUGCAUGCCAGCAAUGGCAACAGCCGCUGUGCAGAUCCCAAGAUCAUUAAGCUGUUUCCUGAAACAGGCCCCCGGCAGGGUGGUACUCGUUUAACUAUCGUUGGUGAGAAUCUGGGUCUGAAGUUUGAGGACGUGCGUAAUGGUGUACGGGUUGGCAAAGUGAUAUGCAUUCCCAUUGAGAGUGAAUAUAUCAGUGCCGAACAGAUCGUCUGUGAGAUUGGAGAAGCCAGCCCUAGCAAAAUCCAAGAGGCCCCUGUAGAAGUUUGUGUCAGGGACUGCUCUCCCAGCUACAAGGCUGUAGCCCCCAAAAGCUUUACUUUUGUGACUCCCACUUUCUCACAAGUGACACCAGCACGUGGCCCUCUGUCUGGGGGCACCUGGAUUAGCAUCAAGGGAAAGCACCUUAAUGCAGGAAGUGACAUUGCAGUGACCAUUGGUGGCCAACAGUGUGCCUUUGCAUGGAGAAAUGCUGGUGAAAUCCGAUGUAGGACACCACCUGGCCAAAACCCAGGAGAUUCACCCAUUCUCAUCCAUAUAAACCGGGCAGUACUUAGCAGUCAUGAUGUGACCUAUUACUAUACUGAGGACCCCACCGUUCAAAAGAUAGACCCUGAGUGGAGCAUCAACAGUGGUGGAACACUCUUGACUGUAACAGGUACUAACCUGGCUACCAUCAAAGAACCCAGGAUCCGAGCAAAGUAUGGCAGCGCUGAGACAGAGAAUAACUGCACAGUCUACAAUGAUACCACCAUGGUAUGCUAUGCCCCCUCCAUUGACAACCCUCUUCGGAGCCCUCCAGAGCUUGGUGAUCGUCCAGAUGAGAUCGGUUUUAUUAUGGAUAAUGUCCAGACAUUGCUGAUUAUCAACAGAACCAAUUUUGUCUAUUACCCCGAUCCUGUAUUCGAGUCUCUUCCUUCUGGUAUGCUGGAGCUUAAGCCAAGCUCCCCACUCAUCCUCAAGGGCCGCAACCUACUCCCUCCAGCACCUGGUAAUUCCCGGCUAAAUUACACCGUGUUGAUUGGCGACACUCCUUGUGCCCUUACAGUUUCCGAGACCCAGCUUCUCUGCGAGUCACCAAAUCUCACAGGACAGCAUAAAGUGACGAUCAAGGCUGGGGGCUUUGAGUUCUCCCCAGGAACUCUGCAGAUUUACUCGGACAACCUGCUGACAUUGCCUGCUAUCAUUGGCAUUGGUGGGGGCGGUGGCCUUCUGUUGCUCAUCAUCAUCAUCGUCCUUAUUGCUUACAAGCGGAAGUCCCGAGAUGCAGAUCGCACCCUCAAACGCCUCCAGCUGCAGAUGGACAACUUGGAGUCCCGUGUGGCUCUGGAAUGUAAAGAAGCCUUUGCCGAGCUACAGACCGAUAUCCAUGAGCUGACCAAUGACCUGGAUGGGGCUGGCAUCCCCUUUUUGGAUUAUCGCACCUAUGCCAUGAGAGUUCUCUUCCCUGGAAUAGAAGACCAUCCUGUGCUGAAGGAAAUGGAGGUCCAGGCAAACGUGGAAAAAUCCUUGACCCUCUUUGGACAACUCUUGAACAAAAAGCACUUCCUCCUGACUUUCAUUCGCACUUUGGAGGCCCAGCGCAGCUUUUCCAUGAGGGAUCGGGGUAAUGUGGCAUCUUUAAUCAUGACCGCACUGCAGGGUGAGAUGGAGUAUGCCACUGGAGUCCUCAAGCAGCUUCUUUCAGAUCUGAUUGAGAAGAACUUGGAGAGUAAGAACCAUCCAAAACUGCUCCUGAGGCGGACAGAGUCAGUGGCUGAGAAAAUGUUGACAAACUGGUUCACAUUCCUUCUGUACAAGUUCUUGAAGGAAUGUGCUGGUGAACCUCUGUUCAUGCUGUACUGUGCCAUCAAACAACAGAUGGAGAAGGGGCCAAUCGACGCCAUCACCGGAGAGGCCCGCUACUCCUUAAGUGAAGAUAAACUCAUCCGUCAACAAAUUGACUACAAAAUGUUGACACUGAACUGUGUGAAUCCUGAGAAUGAAAAUGCUCCUGAGAUCCCAGUCAAGGUCUUGAACUGUGAUACCAUCACACAAGUGAAGGAGAAGCUUCUGGAUGCUGUGUACAAAGGAGUGCCAUACUCCCAGAGACCCAAGGCCGGAGACAUGGAUUUGGUGAGCACGAUCCCCAGUGACCCCAUGCCCUUCUCUUCCAUCGGUGCAGAGUGGCGGCAGGGCAGGAUGGCUCGGAUAAUACUUCAAGAUGAAGAUGUAACCACAAAGAUCGACAAUGACUGGAAAAGACUCAACACCUUAGCCCAUUACCAGGUGACUGAUGGUUCCUCAGUGGCACUGGUGCCCAAGCAGAACUCGGCCUACAACAUUUCAAACUCCUCCACCUUUACCAAGUCACUCAGCAGAUAUGAGAGUAUGCUCCGGACAGCCAGCAGUCCUGACAGUCUACGUUCCCGGACUCCUAUGAUCACUCCAGACCUGGAGAGUGGCACCAAGCUGUGGCAUCUGGUGAAGAACCAUGAUCACAUGGACCAACGAGAAGGUGACCGUGGGAGCAAGAUGGUCUCAGAGAUCUAUUUGACCCGCCUGCUUGCUACCAAGGGGACGUUGCAGAAGUUUGUGGAUGACCUGUUUGAGACUAUCUUCAGUACGGCCCAUCGAGGGAGUGCCUUGCCUCUGGCCAUCAAGUACAUGUUUGACUUCCUAGAUGAGCAAGCUGAUAAGCACCAGAUCAAUGACUAUGAUGUCAGGCACACUUGGAAGAGUAACUGUCUACCUCUGCGUUUUUGGGUGAAUGUGAUUAAGAAUCCCCAGUUUGUGUUUGACAUUCACAAGAACAGUAUUACUGAUGCUUGCCUAUCAGUGGUGGCUCAGACAUUCAUGGACUCCUGCUCAACUUCUGAGCACAAGCUAGGGAAAGAUUCUCCCUCCAAUAAACUACUGUAUGCCAAGGACAUCCCCAACUAUAAGAGCUGGGUAGAAAGAUAUUAUGCAGAUAUUGCUAAAAUGCCAGCAAUCAGUGACCAAGACAUGAGCGCUUACCUGGCAGAGCAGUCACGGUUACACCUGAGCCAGUUCAACAGUAUGAGUGCACUGCAUGAGAUCUACUCAUACAUCACCAAGUACAAAGACGAGAUUUUAGCUGCUUUAGAGAAGGAUGAACAAGCCCGAAGGCAACGGCUGCGGAGUAAGUUGGAGCAGGCAAUUGACACAAUGGCCCUAAGCAGCUGAAAGACGGCACUGCAGACUUCCCUAGCAGUGGAUACUGAGAGAGAGUGAGAGAGAAAGAGAAAGAGGGCAGGCGUGCGGUGGCAGGAAGAAAGCAAGCAAGAGAAUAUAUUGGGGUGUAGCACAAAACAGAGCCUGCUGCACCCCCGAAAACUUCACACCCACAAACAGCAAAGACUUAAGCCGCUGGUAUCGAAAGCAACUUGACUGUGUCUAAAGACCUUUUGAAAGGAAUGACAUGGCAAAGAAACUAAAGGACCCCCAGGAGAGGCGCUAAGAGGGUCAGAAGGAAGAAAUCCAGCUCAGCGCCCCCACCAACGCCUAUCCCAGAUCUGGCAACGGAAGGUUGGGGGGGGGGCUGCACUAAUGUCUAGGACAAUGUUUUUACAUUAUGGUUUCCCCAUAACAGGUGUGUGGGUCGGCUUAUAGUUUUGUCUCCCACCCCCUUUCUGUCCUUUCUUUGCCCACCUUGCCUGACAACCCUACUCUAUCUUCUCUUCCUUUCUCUCUCUCUGGCCUUCUGCCUCUAGUGUUAACUGCUAUAUUUGCACAAUUUCCAGAAGCUAGUUGUGGUUUGUUUUUUUUAAGGCGCCGGGGGGGGGAUUCUAAAUUUUCAACAAAUUUUUGCAAGAUUUUCUUUCUUUUGAUGAAAGAAAGGACCUUCAUUUGGUUGGGAUAGGAAUAGGGUGAUUGGGACCAAGGUAAGAGUCCCAGCAUCUUUGGUUCUUCCUACACUUUGCCCUGUGCCAUCUUUCAUUUGAAUGUUGUUUAGUAGCACAGGCCAAAUAGAUGCUCUUGUUUCAAAUGCUGCUAAAGAGGGUAACUGGAGUCUGAGGUUCAAGAAGGCAAAGAGCUUUCUGGAAGUGGGGGAUGCUUUUUCCCUGUUUUGUUGCAACAAGCCUUAUUUUCUAGAAACACCACACUUUCCAGAAAAAUCUCUUCCUUGUCCUUUUAUAGACAGGAUAGGGUGGUCUGUUUGGAAGCUGAGCUAAGAAACUCUUGAGAAGCCCUCCUUGCCCUUCCCCCCAUGAGAGAUGCCCUCUGCCACUAUAGGUAAAUGUUUCCCUUGUAGGGCAUUUUGAUAUGGGCACUUUUAAACAAGCAAUUCUCCCAUUGGAGCCAACUCUCAGUACAGUAUUCCCUCUUCUUUAGUAGAGGCAAGCCUUCUUAGUAGCAGAUGCAGUAGCACUUGAAAAUAGGGUCUGGGCCGUCCAGAAGGCCUGGUUAUUCCUCCCUAUGUUAAAACCCUUGCUCCUUCCAUUUCCAUGGCACUGGAAGACUAUAGUAAUACUGGGCCUAGUUGAGAGAUGUCGUGAGGGCAGACUUCAUCCAAAGAGAUGAAGAUCAAAGAAAGAACCGCACAGAAUUUUAGUUUAGCCCCAAAUGAAAUAGCAUAUAAUAGAUGGGUCCCUCUUUCAUUUCGAUCCUGUAUAUGCGUGUGCAUCUGUGCACGGUUCUUUAGAAUGUCUGACUAAUGCAUCAUCUCACUUUCAGCAAAACAUAGGGCAUUUUGCAAAACAUGAUCCAUAACAAAAUUGUCCCAUCUACAGCAAACUAUCAUCUUCAUAAAAAUUAGUAAGGACACUUACAAAUUUCUUUGGGGUUUGGCCUGUGAGAAAGGAGAAGGUAGUAUAAAGUGAGAAGAAAGUGUGGUUUUGUAAUAAUUGCAUGGCAGCACAAGAUUUCAGUAUUCCUCCUCUCUUGUUUGUGCUGAUGUCAUGGGGAAGUCAUGGUCCCCAAGUAAAGGGCUUAGAAUGGAUAUUGUUAUUUCUAGAUGAGUACUUUUAAUGGGUCUGAUGUCACAUGCAGCUAUAUUUCCCAUAGCUCCUUUUGAAUACCUUGCCUCUCAGCUUCCCUAGAAAGCAAGGAAAUAAUAAUCUUUGUUGAGACAACAGAGCAUCCUCCACUCCCAUCUGACUGAUGCUGGGACCAGGGCUAAUGGAUGACUGCCGAGGAGAUCAUUUUUGCAACAGAAGUCCUGCUUUUGUUCUUUGCUACGUUGUCCAACCCAAGGUGGAGUCUUUGAGGCUUCUGUUUAUUUUUUUAUGUUAAGAUUUUGAGUGGGCAAACCUAAUUCCGCAUCUUUGUUUCUACUUUACAAGGGGAAGCUUAGCAAAUGAGAAAGUGGCUCUCCUGUGGCCCAAUCUACAUGUUGCCCCUCCCCAUUCCAUUUUAAAUUGUACAGUAGUACAGUUUUUAAGUUUCCUGUAUCACAGGGCAGUUUAUGCAUUCACAUAAAGAAAUAAAAAGAACAAAUUUCCAGUAACACUGAUUAAGACAUUUCUGAAGAACCUGAAAUACCCAUAUGGCUUGGGCUUAAUGAGUCCAAAACUAACAGCAAGGGCUUAUGAAAGACAGAAGGGUCUUAUUAGAAUUCUUCCUGAAAUCUCUCUUCUUUUUACUACAGUCUCUUUUCAUUAACGCUUCACCAUUCCAUUGGAUGCUCCGUCCAUACUUCAUUUAAAUGUGUCAUUGUAUGAUGGUCUAUUCAGAAGUUGGUUCCACUGAGCUCAGUGGGAUCUACUCUCAAGUAAGCAUGCAUAGCACCGUAGCCAAAUGCCCUCUCUUGCAAUGCCUAUAAUCAUAAUUUGAGUUUACUACUGUGACAAGCCACUGCCCUAAUUCAACUCAGGUGAUCAAAUCCACCAGAUUUGCCACCCUCGACUACUCACCCAUAUAGAAAUUGCUGUCUCAGCCAAGGUAAUGCUAAAGAGAGGCUCCUGCAGAACAUACCGAGCCUAGGUUUGUCUAUUCCCCUAGAGUGCAAAUAAGGGGAGGAGAAGGAUGUAAUGAAGUUUUUAAUUAAAAUUUAAAAUAUGUGUGUGUGUAUAUAUAAAUAUAUAUAUAUAUAUAUGUUGUUACAAUCUAAUUCUUGUGCCCCAGUGGGGCACUGUAUAGUCAACUGAAGGAGAUCAUCAAAUAUAGGUUGGAAUCCUAUUGGUGUUCUAGUAAGGUUGGUGUAACUUAUUGUGGCUAAUUGAAAAGGUGCUAUGCCAUUGGGUGAGUAGCGGAGCAUGUGAUCAAGACACAAAAGAAAAUAUCAUCAGUCACAGCAAGUUAUUUAAACCUUACAGGAGUAUCAGUACGAUUUUGGCCAUGGUUUUUUUACACAAGCAGUGAAAAAUACCAAAUGUGGGGAAUAAAAUCAAACAUUUCUCAUCAAGCAGAACAAUCUCUUAAAUUCUGUAUACAUCUCAGAUUGCUUUGUAAUUUUGUUUUUAGCCUUUUUAAUUUUUUUAUUAUUAAAGAGGAGGAAGAGGAAAAGACAAGGAGACAAUAAAAUAAAACAAAAAAACCCUAUGGAAUCCUGAGGUGUCUGGAUCCAUAGGAUCUGUGGGCUGUUGCAUGACUGUGCUAGAGUUUAGUCUGAGUUGAUCUUUUUUUAAAAGAAAAAAAAUGCAAGUGUUGAAUACUAGAGGUUUGUUUAGACCUUUUUAUUUUUAAAAUUUUGGAAUUAAUUUGUCACUUGUACAAGAAAAAGAUUAACAUCAACUGUUUAUUCUGGAAAUGGUACUCAAAACUUUUAAAGGACAGCUCAAUGUUGCUACACACAAAAUCUACUGUAAUAUUUUACAGGUUUUCCUCCCUAGCCUCUGUUGGAAGGGUCUUUUGAGAGCAUAAAGAAUAUUAUGGGAUUGAUACUUGUGAAGGCUCCUGGAUCUUUUGGCUUUGGGCACUCUGCAAGUGUACUUGUGACCUUAUAAAAGCAAGUGACCGAA